AUGGCCGCGUUAGCAACGUUGGGCGCGUCGCUUCUCGAAGAAAAUGAUAUUCCUGGCGCUUCACUUUGCGGCCGAAAACCCUCUGAAUUGAAAAACGAAGAGCUAAAGUUUUGGUUGAAGUGUAGGGGUGACCCAGCGAAAGGCCUUAAAACGAAAGCAGAACUUGUAAAGAGGUGAGAAAUCACUUUGUUUCCUUUGCCUUCGUCACUUGCAAGUCGUUGUCUUCGCCGUUUUGAAGUGAGUGCGUUUUUAUUCCUUUCUCAGAGUGGAAGAGUACAUCCGGUCUGGUAGAGAUAAAAGUAUUGUUGACCCUGAUCCCAACGGGUUGUAUACCAAAAGAAAGCAGCAACGAAGAAGUACACCGUCGGCAUCAAGCAUAGAACCAUCACAAGGUGCGAGAUUAUUCUCUAUACAUUUUACUGCAAUCUGUCUUGCCAUUUUUGUAAGUAAUUUAUGUGCGCGUUUAAAUUCAAAAAUUGUUUCUUGUUGUCUCACAGAUAUCAGUCCUGUUACAUAUCCUGACAACGGAUGGAGCACUUCUCUGACCAAAAUGCCAAUGUUCACUAAAGCAGAAAUGAAUGAACACAUCACAAGAUCUGGCAAGCACAUAGCGAAUAAAGACCAUCAUUCUGUUCCCACUUCACUGCGAAAGGCGAAAACAUUUCUUGAGGACGAGUACCUUCACGAAAUAAUGGCAACCAGUGACCAGCAUUGUUUUUAUUUCAAAGCUAAAUGCUGUCAUAGCUUUAGGAAAAAUGAUCCUCCGCACUCAUUGAAACUUGCCUUGUGUAUUGUCAAAGGGGAUGUUUUGGACAGCAACUGUACUUGUGUGGCUGGCAAGGUUGGUUUCUGUAACCAUAUCUCAGCCUUAAUGCUAAAGAUCUGCAAAUUCACUCUGUUUGAGGCAAAAUCCACAAAAGAUCUACGUGAAAAGAAAGAUGAAAAUCCAGAGUUGGCAUGCACAUCCCAGCUGCAAAAGUGGCACAAGAAAGGUGGUGGAGAAAACAUUUUCCCACAACCAGUCAUGGAGGUUGUUGUGAAAAAGACUAAACUGGAUGAGUCGAGCAGCCCACGAGGUGGUGCAGGUGUGAAAUGCCUGCUGUAUGAAGCACGCAAACAGCCUAACUAUAAUCCUGUACGUGAAAAUACUUUCAAAUCUGAACUUUCCACACUUGACCCUAACAUGGGUUUUGCUCAAAUGAGUGAAGGAACUUCAAGUACUGAGCUGGCAAGCUGUAAAUUUGGGAAAUGCCCUGUUGGCUCCAUUUUGAGCUAUCAGACAUCAUUCACUGAGUCAAACUUUUCCGCUGUGGCCAAUUUGACCUCAGUGCCAAGAAACAACGCUCCAGUAAAUGCCCAAGAACUUAAUUAUCAGUCCGAGAUUUCCUCUGAAUAA